AUGAGGAACUACUUGACCCAAGGCCACGCAGAAGUGGUUUCCGAAGACGAGUGCACUUCCGCAGAACACGUUUACUACAUGCCUCACCAAGCAGUAUUACGGGAAGCUUCGGCAACGACGAAGCUUAGGGUGGUUUUCGACGCGUCUUCUCACGCACCAGAUACCGCAUCGUUAAACGAGUGUUUGGAGAAAGGCCCGAAGCUUAACGCCGAAUUACUGUCGCUACUCUUACGAUUUCGCACGGAACGGAUUGCUAUUGCUGCGGACAUUGCGAAGGCGUUCCUACAGGUCUUGGUGAGAGAGGAAGAUAGGGAUGCGCUGCGCUUCCUCUGGUUCCAGGAAACGCCACCAGUGGAUGUCCCUUUGCCCGAAAUCCAAAUCUGGAGAAUGACUCGUGUACCGUUCGGUACGACUUCAAGUCCGUUUCUUUUAUCGGCAACGAUCCAACAUCAUCUGAAGAUAGUCGAAGGACCCCUCAAAGAAACGGCAGAGAAGCUUAGGGAGUCCUUCUACGUAGACGACUCGCUAACAGGUGCUUCUACCGAAGCAGAAGCCGAACGGCUGUACACUGAAGCGAACACUAUCAUGCAGCUGGCUGGGAUGGAUUUGAGAAAGUGGGCGUCAAGUUCAGCAGUUCUCAGCCAACGUUUCCAAGAGCACGACGACAAGUGUCCUGGAGGGUAUUACGCAGCGACGACAGAUAUCGGCCUCCUAGGAUUGCUGUGGGACCGAGAAACGGAUCAAUUGAAGCUCUCUCGCAACAGCUGCAGCCUGUUUUCAAGAGGGAACACGAAACGCACGGUACUGAAGGUCUCCGCCAACGUCUUUGACACGCUCGGCUUCGUCGCACCAUUCACUAUACGAGCGAAAAUGCUGUUUCCACGAAUUUGGCAGAUUGGGCUCGACUGGGACGAAGACUUACCGGGCGCGAUGGCUGAAGAAUGGGCGUGGUGGAGUGGUGAGCUUCCACAGAGAAAAAGCAUGGCAAUACCACGCUACCUUCGCCAAGGCAUCGGAUACUCGUCCAGUCGGGACCAGGUGCAUGUGUUCACGGCUGCAAGCCCGGCUGCGUACGGCGCGGUAGCAUACAUGCGGACACAGGAUGACUGCGGGGAAAUUGCGGUAGUCUUUCUUAGGAAGGCACGAGUGUCACCUCUGACAACGUUGACGCUACCACGUCUGGAACUGAUAGGAGCUUUAAUCGGAUGA